AUGCCGCCCAAGGCAAAGAAGGCUGCAGCCUCAGUCCCACCAGCAAGUGGAGCAUUGGCACUUGAUAGCUGUGUGAUCGCUUUUAGUGGAAGGUUCGCCGGCUAUCGACAGUCCGUUCUGGAGGAUAAGGUUGCCGGCUUGGGAGGGGAGCCCGCAAAGUCCGUCACCGCAGACACCACUCAUUGUGUCACGACUCAAUCCGAUUUUGACAAGUUGUGCACCAAGGUUUGGCAGGCCAAGGAUCGUGGCAUUUUCAUCGUCAGCCUCGAGUGGCUGCUUGACUCUGAACAGGCAAAUGCAAAGCAACCUGAAGCUCAGUACCUCUUUCAUGAUGCCUCCCAGAAUGGAACCACGAAAGGCAACAAUACCGUUGCGCCUUCCACCAAUCCUCCCUCCGCACAGCCUCCUGCUGCCACAAACAAUCCUCCCACGAAGCGGCAGGCAUCCCCCGUUGCCAUGGACUCGAGCCACGAGCCCAAUGCCAAAAAGACGAAGCUCGACCAAGUCGCACAAAACGGCAAGGCUGCUGUCAUAGGAAAGGAGCAGAUUGCGAAGUCGUGGGAUGUCCAGGUACCCCUUGAUGAAGGCUGCUCUCUCGCUGGAUAUGGUGUGCACGUCGAUGAAGAUAGUGUCAUCUGGGACGCUUCCCUCAACCAAACCAAUGCCGGAGCCAACAAUAACAAAUUCUACCGAAUUCAAGUCCUUGUUUCCACGGGAGAUGCAAAAACCUGGACUAGGUGGGGACGCGUUGGCGAACGUGGGAAGAACAUGAUUCUUGGAGACGGCUCCCUCCACGAUGCCAAGGUCCAAUUCGAGAAAAAGUUCAGAGACAAGUCGGGUCUGUCCUGGGCAAACCGCAUGAACGAACCUCUUCCCAAGAAAUACGUCUUCCUUGAGAAGAGCUACCAGCCGGACUCUGACUUAGAGGAAGACGUCAAGCCCUCCGAUGGCAAGGGAGCGACAAGAGAAGGCCCGCCGCCUUGCACCCUCGAGCCUGACGUCCAGCAGCUUAUGCAGCUCAUCUUCAACCAAAAGUACUUUGCUGCAGCCAUGACUGACAUGAACUAUGACCUGGACAAACUUCCCUUGGGAAAGCUCAGCAAGGCCACCAUCAUGCGUGGCUUUCAAACUCUGAAGGACCUCUCGGUUCGCAUGGAUGACCCUGCUGCUGCCACCGCCGCUGGCAACUCCAUGUCGGUCGAAGACCUCUCCAACCGAUAUUACUCUCUCAUCCCACACAGUUUCGGACGCAACCGCCCACCGAUCAUCAAUAAUCAGGAGACGGUCAAGCGGGAAAUAGAACUUCUUGAGACCUUGGCUGACAUGAAAGAUGCCUCCAACAUCCUGAAGGCGGAGAUUGAUGAGCGCAACAGUCUGCAUCCUCUGGACAGACAGUAUCGUGGCCUCGGAAUGGAGGAAAUGACAGCGUUGGACCCCAACGGGACCGAAUUCAAGCACCUGAAAGAGUACCUCGUCAACACGCGAGGUCACACGCACGCGGUGAACUACAGCAUCGAGAACAUCUUCCGCAUCGAGCGUCAGGGCGAGACGGCUCGAUUUAUCUCUGACAAGAUUUCUGACCGCCGUCUCCUGUGGCACGGCUCCCGCGCCACCAACUUCGGUGGAAUCUUGAGCCAAGGCCUCCGAAUUGCACCUCCAGAGGCGCCAGCCACCGGAUACAUGUUUGACAAAGGCAUCUACCUCGCAGACAUGAGCAGCAAGAGCAUCAACUAUUGCGUCCCCAGUAUCUCUGAUGGCACAGCGCUUCUCCUGCUGUGCGAGGCCGAGCUGGGCAAACCAAUGCAAGAACUCACUAAUGCUGAGUAUAAUGCAGCGAGUCACGCCAAGGCUAAGGGAGUCUGGUCGACCUUUGGAAAAGGCCUGACGGGUCCGCCGGUGUGGAAAGAUGCGCAGUGCGUCCAUUCCUCCCUGAAGGGCAUCAAGAUGCCCGACACGAGCCGAAAGCUGCCCGGUCCGACCAAGGUACUCGGAGCGUACUUGCAGUACAAUGAGUACAUUGCAUAUGACGUGUCGCAGAUACGCCUUCGGUACCUCUUCCGGGUCAAGGUGUGA